AUGUCUUCGCCGGAUGACGACAAUGUUACUAUUGCCGACGAGGAUAUGUUUGUUAAUAGUUCGCAAAUCAGCAUGUUUAACAGCGAGGUACUGGAAAACAAUAUGCUACAGCUUGUCACCCAAGUAAACGACGAUGGUGAAACGCUGUCGGCAAUGCUGACGCAGGAUUUUCUCCCGGAAGCUAGUGUGUCCUUGCCGAGUUCGUUUAACCCGUUUGGAAAGUAUCCUGCCGUGGAAGAGUUCUGCCUGGAGGAAACGAACUGCUCAGUUUCCCCGUCUAGCACCCAGGGCUCUGGCUUUGCAUAUUCCGAAAAGCUGCAGAAGCUUUUCGUAAAACCCGACAGCUUAUGUUCGUUCGACGUUCGAUGUGCGCUAUCUAACAUCGUGCCUGGUCCGUGGUUUAUACGCAUAAUGCUUGUAUCACUCACGCCAGAGUCUCAGCACGAGCCGAUAACGCGCUGCCACAACCAUUCCGCAAAAGAUGUCGGCCCAGAAAACCUCCGGCAGCAUGUGCUACGAUGCAAGAACGAGCAGCACGAGUACAUCGGGAUCAAGAACGGACCGUUCUUUGAGGAUCGCUGCGCCGUCCGUGUGCCACUCGAUGUUGAUCCGCCGAAUGCCAAGAUAACGCUGCAAUUCGUCUGCCAGAACACGUGUUUCAAUCUGAGCCAACGGCGGACCGGGCUCGUGUUCACGCUGGAAAGCGAACAAGGUCACAUCUAUGCGCGGCGUGUACUACCAGUGAAGAUCUGCAUCAACUUCCGGCGGGACAUGCUGAACGAGGAGAAAGCUAUGGUCCAAAAGAACGUGGCCGAUUGGGCGGGUGUUACGCAGCAGCCCAGCAGCAAUGGGCUCGAUCGACGGUGUAAUGCAAAGCGAUCGCGAAAGCGUCUGUUAGCUAGCUCAAGGAUAGGCUCUAGGGGUAACAAGUGUAGAAGAAAUUCUCCGACAGGGCGGUCGGUACAGCUUGAAACGUGCUCGUUGAGUUUCGACAUGCCCAGCAUGCGCAUGGCAAAACGCGUACUGGAUAACGCGAUCGGCAUGAUCUCGGCUUCCGUUUUACGCGUGGACGAUCAAGAGGUGAAAGCUACUCUGAUGGCGUUCAUUAGAAACAUUCGCUUGCAACGAGAAACACUGAUUGGAAGCAACAGCCAAUGCAGUGUUGAUAGUGACCUGUUUUAGAUAAAUACUUAACAAAAUACGAUAAGUUUAGCUAAGUAAACUAUGGGUAAAUAUGUGUUUACGUGUUGCAAAUAUUUAUAAGUUUUGAAAACCAAACACGAUUGACCUCUGGUUAGGAAAAAAACGUACACAAAAAUCAUCAUAA